AUGUUCUUCUUAAUAAAAUUAUAUCUCUCUAAACAAAUUACUUUAAAUUCAUACUUUGCUUUGAGUUUAGCUUUAUUAUCGAUAUCAAUUUAAGCAGGAAGAUUAUUUUACUAUUUAGAUAUUAUUAACAUUAAUAAUCCCUUUUAAUUAGAGAUAGAUAAUGUAUAUGAUCUUAAAAAAUAUAUGAACUUAUAUUCACUUUCAUCAAAUUCCUAAAAUAGAAAAUUCUUUUAAAACAUAUAAACUAUUAAAAUAUUCAUUAGACAAGAACAUUACUUAGAUUAAAAAGAUUUAAUAAAAUGUCUAUUCUGCUCUUUUGGAACACUUGAGAUUAAAUCUUAAAGUUAUUAAAGGACUUUUAUAAUUAAUUCAAACUAAUUUUAAUCUGUAAAAAUUUAGGAACCAGUUAAUGCUAAAUUAUUUUAAGAAGGAUUUCGCUACUAGAAAAUUCUUCCAUCAAUAGCUUAGUUUGAAAUACCUGCUAAUAAAAUAUCAGAUUUUGAAAAUAUAAUUCAGUUUUUUUAUCAAAGUAAUAUAUUUAUAAAGAUAAUAAACCUAGAUAUAACAUUUUUUAUUGACAAAAAAAACACUAAGAUAAAAAAUUACAAUCAAUAUGUCAAAGUAAUACAAAGGACUAUAAUAUAAUUUAUGAUAUUCACAAAACAUAUGUCUUUAGAAUAAAUAUUCAAUCCUAAAAUAAUCUUCUACGAUAUUUUUGAAUGA